CAGAACUGGAUCGGGGUAUUUCACCAUUUUGGUUCCGGCUAGUGGUCAAUAGUUUAAGCCCCAAACCGUUGAUGAUGGACUGGUUUCGGAUCGGUUCAUCGGAAUGCGUUAACGGUUAACCGAUAGAUUUACUACUCACCCUAAAGUAAAUAAAGAAAUAAAUUCCUCACUGGCCCUCUCUAAUCUCUAUGUGCAGAAUCUUCUCGAACUCUCUCAAAUUCCUUUCCAAAAUUUCCAGCGAAACUCACAUUUCUAGCACUGCUACCGGUGCCUCUCUCCCUUAUUCUCGGCUGACCGAUCAUCAACAAAAUUAGCACUGUCGCCGCCGUUCACUCGCGCCAGCACGACAGCUCCUGCCGCCGCUGCUGCCGUCUUCUGCUCGCCGCCCUCUUCUCAGUUUCAACUCAACAACAUCAAGGAGCCCCAAUUCUAUUUAUUAAUCAGUUGAAGACUGCAGUUGCUAGCAGAUAUUUGAGAUAUCAUUGAAUAUUGGAGUAAUGGUGGAAGUGGAGGAGCACCAGAGAGCACAUUCAGAUCAAGAUGGAGAAGAUGAUAUAGUUGUUGAAGGCGCCUCUGUUGUUAAUGGAGAACCUCCCCAAGAUGAAAGUGGUCCUCCUAAAGUAGAUUCUGAAGUGGAAGUUCUUCAUGAGAAAGUGAGGAAGCAAAUUAUUAAGAAGGGCCAUGGCCAGAAGCCAUCAAAAUAUUCAACAUGCUUCUUGCAUUACAGAGCAUGGACUGAAAGCACACUACACAAGUUUGAAGAUACAUGGCAUGAACAACAACCCCUUGAGCUUGUCCUUGGAAAAGAGAAAACUGAAAUGACUGGCUUGGCUGUUGGCAUUUCAAGCAUGAAAUCUGGUGAACGUGCGUUGUUACAUGUUGGAUGGGAAUUAGGGUACGGAAAAGAAGGGAACUUUUCAUUUCCAAAUGUUGCUCCAAUGGCAGAUAUUGUGUAUGAAGUGGAAUUGAUUGGUUUCGAUGAAACCAAAGAAGGGAAAGCCCGCGGUGACAUGACAGUAGAGGAGAGAAUUGGUUCAGCAGAUAGAAGAAAGAUGGACGGAAAUGCAUUAUUCAAGGAGGAAAAACUGGAGGCGGCAAUGCAACAGUAUGAAAUGGCCAUAGCAUAUCUGGGAGACGACUUCAUGUUCCAAUUGUUUGGGAAGUACCGUGAUAUGGCUUUGGCAGUAAAGAAUCCCUGUCACCUUAACAUGGCAGCAUGCCUGAUAAAACUCAAGCGCUAUGAUGAAGCCAUCGCUCAAUGUGGCAUUGUCUUGGUCGAGGAUGAAAACAAUGUGAAAGCACUGUUUCGGCGUGGCAAAGCUAGAGCAGAGCUUGGGCAGGUGGAUGCUGCUCGUGAAGAUUUCCUCAAGGCCCGUAAAUAUGCCCCAGAAGACAAAGCCAUAGCAAAAGAGCUGCGUCUGCUAGCAGAACACGACAAAGCUGUUUAUCAGAAACAGAAAGAGCUUUACAAGGGAUUAUUUGGAAAAAGUCCAGAUCCCAAACCAAAACCCAAAAAUUGGCUGAUUUUAUCCUGGCAGUGGUUGCUGUCAAUAUUUUAUCGCCUUUUCAAGCAGCAGAGGCAGAAAGAUGACUGAUUUCAAGUUUAUUGCUUACAAAUGAGACGCUGUUGCCGAUUGCACAACUCUGUAAGCAUUUCUGCUCUUAAAAUGUUUGUUAUUUAUCAGCUCGUUUCAGAUUGUACUUCUAUAUUACCUUUUUUCCUCUGUUAUAGAGCUUUUUAAUUCAAUAAUUUCUUCUUUCA